CGCUGGACUCGCUCGCCUACCCCUCCUCAUAACCCCGCCAACCCUCCGCCGUCGCCUAACAGGCGCCUUCAUCCAGCCUUCAGCCUCAAGGACAGCGCAGCGGUGCGCUGCGAGCGACACCUGCAACUAUGAGUUUGACCAACAUGCUGAACAAGCUGCAUGGCCAGCCCGACAGCUACGACCGCAAAUCUCGCUACCGCUUCGGAAAGACGCUGGGUGCCGGUACCUAUGGCAUCGUCAGAGAGGCCGACUGCCCCGAGGGCAAGGUUGCUGUCAAGAUCAUCCUGAAGAAGAACGUGCGCGGAAACGAGCAGAUGGUAUACGACGAACUGGAGAUGCUUCAGCGCAUGCACCACCCGCACAUUGUCAAGUUCCACGACUGGUUUGAGUCGAGGGACAAAUACUACAUCGUGACCCAAUUGGCCACGGGCGGCGAGCUGUUCGACCGCAUUUGCGAAAAGGGAAAGUUCACAGAGAAAGACGCCGCUGAGACGAUCCGACAAGUGCUCGAGGCUGUCAAUUACCUGCACCACAACAAUGUCGUUCACAGGGAUCUCAAACCUGAGAACCUGCUCUACCUCUCAAAAGAACCCAACUCUUCGCUCGUGCUUGCGGACUUCGGUAUCGCCAAGAUGCUCGACUCCAAGAACGAGGUUCUCACCACAAUGGCUGGAUCGUUUGGCUACGCUGCACCGGAAGUGAUGCUGAAGAAGGGGCACGGCAAACCGGUUGACAUGUGGUCCAUGGGUGUCAUCACAUACACCUUACUUUGCGGUUACUCGCCAUUCCGGUCUGAGAACCUGGCCGACCUCAUUGAAGAAUGCAAAAACGGCCGCGUCGUAUUCCACGAGCGAUACUGGAAGGACGUCAGCAAGGAUGCGAAGGAAUUCAUUUCAACUCUGCUCCAGCCAGACCCGGCCAAGCGACCUACGAGCGAGGAGGCCCUCAAGCACAUCUGGCUCAGCGGCAAGACUGCUUCCGACCACAACUUGCUGCCCGAGAUCCGCGCCUAUGUUGCCAAGGCACGACUCAGGCGUGGUAUCGAGCUGGUGAAGCUGGCCAACCGCAUCGAGGCGCUGAAGAUGCAAGAAGACGACGAGGACGACGUGCCCGGUCAAGCAGAUGUACCUGCGAAUGCGACCGAGGCGGCGGGUGAGGCCUUGGCGGCAAAUAAGGAAGGGAAAGGUCUGACGACAACAGAGGCUCCAGCGCCUAGCUCAAGCACAGGCAAAGGUCCUGGGCGCUUGAGCAGGCUGGCCAAGGGUGCCAUCUUCCGCGAAGUCGUGCUGGCUAAGGUCCGCGAGAUGAAGGAGACCGAAAAGCAGAAAGAGUUUGAGAAGCAGGCGCAGGAAGCCUCCAAGAAGGCUUGAGCAGUGUGCACAGUUGUUCUUCGUGUUUUGAUGGCACUCGGGCUGUUCUAGGGUUUGCGCCUUCUCUGAUUCGUUCUUCAUCGUAGGGUGCCCUGAUGCGCUAUUGCUGGGGAGGGACUUAGACAUGCUUCUUGUGAAUGAAACCUACAGUGGCUGCCG